AUGAAGGGGAGUGUUUUCGGUGGUGACCUUCCACUCGAAGCUCAUGUUCUGCGUAAGCAGUGGCUGAUGAUUCCUGCCGUCGACAAGCCGAUUUUACAUGCGAUCAGCCUGCAGAAGCGGAAUCGUCAUCAUGUUCGUUCGUUCCUUCCUUCAGCUGUUAGUUGUAUUGAAGUUGCACCGGACGGCAGCGUCUGCUGCGCAGGCGUGGGAGAAUAUAUCUACACCUGGUCUAUUUGCAAUGGCAAAUUGCGAUCGAUAGUUGACGGGCAUUACCAGACGGUAUCAAAAAUAAAGUUUACGUCAGAUGGAAGUUAUUUGGUCAGUGCUGCAAAAGACGGCAUCGUGAUUGUGUGGAAUGUUGGAGAGUAUGUCAGCAGACUAAAACAAAGCCAAUUUGUCGUUGGAACUGUCACAGUCUUCCAGUCACAGAUCUGCAAGUUGGCCAAGGAGGAAUUGCAGCCAGGGUUUUCUCCUGCUCGUUGGAUCAAUCUUUAA